CUGGGAUUCUACAAUAUGGUUUAAGGUUGACGUGUCUUUCCUGUGUUGUGACGAGUCAGCGGUAGGGUUUCCCUGACUUAAAUGUAAUACAUGUGAUCACUUCAGUUGAACGUAUAUCUCGGUCAAUCAGACUGUCUUGAUCUAAACGUGUUACUAGUCAAGCCGGUGGUGAAUAUAGGAAAAUGAAGUUCAGUAUUAUUUUGUGGUCUAGUUUGUAUGUUUUAUGUUUGGUAUGUUUAUUAACGGAAGUUACAAGUCAUGCUGAGAAUAAAGAGAAUAGUGUACAGCAACAGAUUAAACCAGAAAGUGGUAGUGGUGGUGAAAGAAGGAAAAAUCACAAUGCGAUUAUCAUAGUUGAAGGUGAUGAUAAUGAUGAUGAUGAUGAUGAUCAUGUUACUAUUCAUGAUGGAGAAGAAGAGGAAUUGGAAGUGUUUUAUCCAACAAAAGAAUGGCAAGUUGUCAAAGAAGGUCAAGCAAUCCCCGCUGGGUUGCAUAUCAAGAUGAACUUACAAACUGGCAUAAAAGAAGCUAAACUAAUGGAUGAAGAUGACAAAGAUGAAGGGAAUAAAGAUGACUUAAAAUACUGGGAGGCAGGAGAUCGGAGUGGUAUGAUCAACACUGACAAAAAAUUCUUUACCAAAGAAGAACUGAAGGAUGCAUUGAAGAAAUUUAAAGCAAAUGAAGAUGAUGUCAAAGAAAAGGACAAGGAAAUAAAAAAUAAAUUUCGAAGCUAUGAAGAACUGAAGAAAGAUUUUGAAGACAUGAACUAUAAUGUAGAAAGUGACGUUGAUGUUAUGAUGAGAUUAAUUAGUAAAUAUCAACAAAGUGGAGUUACCAUGGAAGAAAAACAACUUAUACUAAACGAUUUGGAGUAUUAUGUACAUCAGAUUGACAAUGCGAGAGACUUGGCAACGAUCGGUGGACUAGAAAUAAUCAUUAAAGGAUUGAAUGAUACUGAAGAAAUAAUACGACGAGAAUGUGCGUUUGUUUUAGGAUCAGCCGUCCAAAGUAAUCCAAAAGUUCAAGUGCAAGCCGUUGAGGGAGGGGCGAUACAUCUGCUGUUGCAUUUACUCUCUAGUAACCAACCAAUAGGAGUGCAGAAAAAAGCAAUAUAUGCGUUGUCUUCACUUAUCAGGCAAUUCCCAUAUGCGCAGAACAAAUUUUUGCAACUUGGAGGACUGAGCAUUUUCUCUUCAUUGUUCAAACAAAGUGAUAUAUCUGUGUUACCGUUGAAGCUGAAAGUCAUAACAUUGUUACAUGAUUUGCUCGCAGAACAGAGAAAUGUGAUGGACUCUUUAAUUAAUGACAGCGUCAACCAAGAAAGAAUGCGGCAAUAUAACGAAGUUUUACUUCUACCUGCCAUGCUAGAACAAGGUUGGUGUGAGCUGAUACCAACGCUUUUACAGGUACCGGAACAUGACGGUAGAGAGAAAGUACUGCAAGCGAUGGAAAUAAUGCUGGACUCAUGUAGGAAAGAGUACACAAAUCAAUCUCUUAUUGAACAGUUAAGAACAUUACAAAGCGAAUAUGAGAAACUAGCGAUGGAAGAAGUGACAGAAAAUAGUGAUGAUUUUUAUUUUACUGGUAUUAAGGACCUGAUUGUGAACGUUUUAGAUGAACUACAUAUGCAUGGACAUUCGGAACUUUAAGAUAGAUGCCAAGUGUGGUGGUGAACCAACUCACUUAUUUGCACCAGUAUGUGUAAUUGUCUCAUGAUUUCAUGUGAAAACUUUGAUCUGUAUCACAUGUCGCCAUAGUUACAUAUUUUUUUUUAUUAUUAUAGAUGAACAUCUGAGCUGAAAUCUUUUAUUUUGAUGGAAUUUGAAAUUCACUUGUACUUGUCUAAUAAUCCAGACGUUUUUAACAGUGUACAUACUUAUGGAUAUGUAAUCACAUUCUA